AUGGCACAGGUAAAACGACAAUCGCUUAAUCUACCAAUAACACCUAGGAAAAUCCCUCCAGUUCUCGAUACACCCCAUGUUCGAUUACCACCAACAAGGAGUACACGACGAACACAAAGCUUUCGUGCUAAUGAACUAUCUCCACAUCCUAGAUCACCACUUCGAGCAGCUCAUCAGAAACAAAUUAUCAAUCAACCUCCAACACCAGCACCACCAGCGUCAAUACCGCCACCACCGUCACAACCACAGUUACGACUAUAUCGUGUGGUUCAGACUAAAUCAGACACUCGUGCGUUGCGAAAAGUAGGUACUGAUCCAGUCCAUAAAUCAGAUGUUGAGCCAACACAUAAAUUAGAUACUACUGUCGUACAAAAAUUAGAUGCUGGUGCAGCACAUAAAUUAGACACCGCUGUUGUACAUAAGUUCGAUACUGUUGCAACACCUAAAUUAGAUACUACUCCGUCGUAUAAACAUAAACUUGGCCCUGCUCCUGUGCAUAAAGCAGGUCCUGUUCCAGUACAUAAAGUAGAACCUAUUCCAGUGCACAAACCAGAUCCUACUGCAGUAUCUAAAUCAAACAGUCCAAAGUAUGAUCCACUAACUGAAUUAACCGUCAAUGCUACUACUACUGCUACGAAUGAAAGUUAUGAAAAAUCAUAUAUUAUUAGUUCAUCAAUAAAUCCAUUAUUAUAUCGUGAACAAUCAAUACAACCACCAACACAGCCAUCAACAGAGAAUCAAAAUCAACUACAAACACGCACCAAAAACGAAGUGGUAGAAGAAUCCGUUGUCAUACCAACACUUAGUUAUGAUCAUGGACUUCCAGUUGUGUCUAUUGAUAGAAAUCGUGUACCUGUUUUUGCUCGAUUUCCAUUUGAUGUAACGUUUCUGCCACGAUCGAUGGAGACUAAUGUUGAAGAUAAUAUUCAUAAGCUACGUCUUCGUUUAAUUGAAUCUGAACUUAAUCAUCAACGUCGUAGCACAGAUGAUUAUAUUAAACGAACACAAGAACACGUCCCUUUUCCGAAUUCUAUACCAACAGAACGAUAUUUACAUAAUGUCAGUUCUUCAAACAAUUUAAUGCAUCAAAUAGUUAACCCAAAACUUUCGAGCCGACAAACAUCAUACUCACAAUUAUCUAUUCAAAGCCAAAUACCGAUCGGUAAAUUUUCGGGACCAUCUCGAGAUCGUAUCGGAAUGACAAAUGGCGUUCAAGAUAAUUUCGAUAUUGAGCGAGAUUUUCAAAUACGACGACUAGAGGAUUCCUUGAAUAAUGGUCGUCAAUCAAAUCAGCAGUUGAUGAUAUCGAAUUAUGCUUACGAUCCUCGUUUACAUUUACAACCAUCUCAUAAUAUGCUAGAAGAACGACAAUAUUCAUCUUCGAAUAUGGAUGAUUUAAUCGAUUCGAUGGCUAGACGACAUUUAGCCUAUCGACGACUUGAUGCAGCAAUGGACCAUCAACGACGUGGUCCGGGAGGUUACAGUCCAUAUAUCGGAGGAUCUCCGGUGACUGGACGGCAGGCAUCAUUGUUGAGUCUACAACGACAAGAUGAUUCGUUCUACACAAAUAUGACAACAGGAGGUCAUGGUGAAACAGAUUUUAUUCGAAUGAAUUCAAAUUCGCAUAAUCAAAUGCGUCAACCAAGAAUGAACUACUACAAUCAUAUUCAACCUGAUCAUGAUGAUUUAAAUACGAGCAGUAUAAUUCGUGCUAAUUCUUAUUCAAAAUUACCUCCGAUAUCGCCCGGCAUGGAUUCGAAUCGUUUAAAUCGAUCACAAAAUCCAUCGAAUUCAGCUCUCUAUCAAGCUAGGGAAAGUGCACGCCAACAACGAAAUCAUCAAAAACCAUUAGGCUUACCUGAUCAUAUUGAACAUUUAAUUGAUUUACCAAGUGAUAUAUUUCUUCUAUCAAGGACAGAAGCGAUGGGCUCAUCUCAACAUCAUCAUCAUCACCACCACCAACAACAACAACAGCAUCAUCAGCAACAGCCAACUCGAGCAAUUAUACCUCAGACAGUCUCAAAAGAUAAAUCUGACGGUUCAGUAGAUUCUGAUGCAGAUCAAUCCGAUGUGGACAAUAAUUUGCCAAUUGUAAAUCAUUAUCAUCAUAAACAAAAAUCAAGAGUAAACUCGGAAGAUGGCCAUGAUGGUUUUUUUACUGAAGGCAUUCUACCACCACCUCAACAUCAACAACAACAACAAUUGCAACAAGCUCGAUUCCAUGUACCACUAUUUAAAAAAGUAGCAAUCGGUAUUGUAUUUAUAAAUACACUCAAACGUCGCGCUGCUAGAAGCCGAAUAAAUCGUCCAACUCAAACUUUAAGUGCAACUAUACAUAAAAUUCGCGUACAAGAAAUAAUGGUUGCAUUGCAUCGUGUUUAUCUUGAACCGGAUGGUCCAAUUUAUUAUGCACUUAUUCAAGCUAUAAGUAGUCCAAUUGAAUUGAAAGAUGCUUUAAAUGCUUCAUCGAAACAUUACCUUGGAGCAAUUAACCUUAUUGGUCAAGUAUUAAAGAAUGUUAUUUCAAAAAUUGUUGAUUUUAUGCCAAAAGAUGGUGUUCUUGGUACAGCUAAAAAUUCAGCUGUUGCAGCACUUAUUCAAGAUGGAAAUCCUUUUCCUGAUAAUUAUUUUUGGCAAUGUGAAAAGGAAAUUCUUGAAUUUAAUAAAACAAAAAUUAUAAACAUAACCAAACAACGAGCAAUACUUUUACUUAUUGGAAUUUUCAUUUUCCGAGCUCUUGUCACUACAUUACUUAUCAAACCAAUCAAAUAUCGAUUUUUACUUGGUGAAUUACCAACAAAUCAAGCAGCUAGUCUUAAAGUUCUAGCAUCGGUUAUAUUGUAUGUUGGCCGUCGAGCAGUUAAAUCCAUCUCUCAAAUACUCGCUUUGCCACAUGAAUGGGCACCUUCAUUAUAUAGCGAUACAGAUAUUGAACCAAUUACUCAACAUGCGGAGAUCAAAUCAAUUAUUACAACUUGUGAAUUAUCAUUACGUGUUUGGUGUGAAGAAUACGUUCGUCGUAUUGAUGCAAGUUUUGGUAAAGAAUUACGAACAUGA